UAUCUUAAUAGUGCUAUAUAUUUGGGCUAUGCAAACGAUAUAUGGCGUAUGCUGAAUUCAAAAAUUGAUAACGCUGAUAUGAGCGACUUACAAAAUUUUUACAAUAGCAUCUAUACUGAUAACUAUUUCAGAGACAUAUUAAAAAUUGGUUUGGAUUCAACGACGAGAAUUUUUCAAAUAAUCGACAGAAAUGAUGGAGUAACAGUUGAAUUUGACGAUAAUGGAUAUGCUUACGUGCAUGACACCCUAUAUAAUACAUAUCCAUUGAUCAUCAAUGCGGCUGAAAACAGUAUUGCGCAAUUAAAUAAUUUGGGUAAUUACAUAGGAAAAUUUUGGUCCAAUAUUGAUGGUUGUAUUUCUUGCAAUAUUCUAGGCGACGGAAGAUUAAAGGCGAAUGAUAAAGAUAAUUGGCCAGUGGUAACAUUGGGAAUUUUCAUCGCAAAGCCAGUACCGUUUGUUGAUGAAUUUUUAAUUUCUGUAAUUUCUCUCACGUACCCAAAAUCGAAGAUUAUUCUUUACGUCUAUAAUAAUCAAAUAUACAAUAAGGAACACGUGAAAAUAUUUCGGGUUGAACAAUUUUCCAAACGAGUGAAAUAUGAAUAUCGUUCCGUGGAUGUUGAUAAUAUUGAAACAGAUAUUGGAGAGCGGGAAGCUCGACGCACAGCGAUCAAACUCGCACUGCAAUCAGGUAGUGACUUUGCUUUUCUAAUUGAUGCUGAUAUCCAUUUCAUGGAUCAGAGCAUUCUGCAAUCACUCAUCAAAAUUAGCGAUCAUCGCAAACUGUAUGUUUUGCUUGCUUUAAAAGGAAUCAUUGCUCCUAUGGCCGAAAUGCCAGAACGAUUAUUUUCAAACUUCUGGGGUGCUUUGGGAGAUAAUGGAUAUUACACGCGCUCCGAUGAUUAUAUUGAAUUAGUAUAUCGUAAAAGAAUUGGUGUUUGGAAUGUUCCAUAUAUUGCAUCUGCUAUCCUUAUUAAUAAGGAAAAGUUGCAGAUGCAUGCUUUGCUCGAUGCUUAUGAUUAUAAUAUUGGUGUGGAUCCGGAUAUAAGUUUUUGCCAGUUCGCUCGCGAAAAUGGCCAUUUUUUAUUCGUCGAUAAUCGGAAAUAUUAUGGAUUUUUGGUGGAUUCGGAUGAGUUUGAUAGUGAAAAAAGGCUCCAUCCUGAAAUGUAUCAAAUUUUCAAGAAUCGUUAUGUAAAUGCUUUUGCACAAGAACUUAUUGAAGAAAUGGAACAUUAUGGAAAAUGGUCUUCUGGAUCAAAUAAGGAUGAUCGGAUUGCCGGAGGCUAUGAAAAUGUGCCAACAAUAGAUAUUCAUAUGAAACAAAUUGAUUUUGAGCGUCAGUGGCUCUUUUUUUUGGAUGAAUAUCCAGUUUAUGCGAAUAUGAUGUUCGUGGUUCGUUAUAAACCCGGUGAACAGCCAUCACUGAGACCACAUCACGAUGCAUCAACAUACACUAUUGAUAUUUCUCUCAAUAAGCGUGGUAGAGACUAUGAAGGUGGUGGAAUAUUUUAUGUACGAUAUAAUUGUACAGUUGCUGCUGAUCGUGUAGGUUAUGCGGCUAUGUUUCCUGGACGCCUUACACAUUUACAUGAAGGCCUGCCAACGACUCGUGGCAUUCGCUAUAUUUCUGUUUCUUUCCUAAAUCCAUAG